CUUCUCGCCAAGUCUCGCGAGAACAAGUGUUUGUGUAGCAACAACAUAGCAACACAGAAAAGAGAGAAACAUUUUUUAAAAAAUCGAAUAUUUUUUCCAUAAAACUCGAAUAAAUAGCAACAGAAAUAAUGGACGGUCUACCUUUCUUACCGGGGAAUCAGUUCUCCGACCCAACACGAACAAGGUAUCAUAGAAGUCAAACCUUAGGGUACAACAAUGGCUAUGCUAUACCAUCUAGGCCAGAAGUUGGAAUUGGUGGUACACCUAUAGUGCAUAACCAGCUGAACGAAGAAGAACUUGAUGAGCUAGCCAAUUUCAAACCUACACUUACAUAUGGUCAAGCUAAACAAGCACCACCUCAGGAUUUUGUUCCAGGACACGUAGCUUGGGACAAGAAGGUGCUGAAGUUCAAUGCAUACUACAAGCAAACGGUGCAUGAAUCUCCUGAUGAGCAUUAUAGAGUACGCCCUGUAGAUAUCUACUACUACCUAGAAGAUGACAGUAUCGCUGUGGUUGAACCACAUGUAGAAAACAGCGGAAUGCCUCAAGGCAAACUUAUAAAGCGCCAGCGUCUACCAAAGAAUGAUGUUGGUGACCAUUGGGACUGGAAGGAUUUAAAUAAUGGAACAAAUGUUGUUUUUUAUGGCAAGGUUUUCCACAUAUUAGAUUGUGAUGCCUGGACAAAGGACUUCUUAGAGAGUGAAGGUGUUGAGGUCAACCCACCAGAAUCUUUACCGACAGAUCCUUACAUUGAAAAACGAACUCAGGCUGCAGCACUACGUGAACAUAAAACUCCCUCCGAUUUUGAUAGACUCCGUCAAUUUUUGGAGAUGGACCGCAAAGUGUUGAGGUUUUUCUGUGUGUGGGAUGACAGAGAUCAGAUGUUUGGGGAGAUGAGGCAAUUCAUAUUGCAUUAUUACUUAGUGGAUGAUACAUUGGAGGUACGUGAAGCACACAAACCCAAUGACGGUCGAGAUCCUUUCCCUGUCCUUAUUCAGCGUCACAAGGUUGCUAAAGAUCGCUAUGCAAUCGAGUCCUCUUUCCCAGCAGUUGUCAUGGAACUCUCAGAUCAUGAGAUCAAAGACUAUUUCACACCUGUUGAUUUUGAAAUCGGCAAAACAGUUCAUAUCUAUGGCAGAAGGUUCCUAGUAUAUGAUUGUGAUGACUUCACAAAGGCUUUCUUCUACAAAAAUUUUGGCAAAACAGAUUUUACCCCAGUUGAUGUGAAGGGACUUUCAAAAGAUUUGCCAAAAAUGGAAAUCGCUGCAUACAAUGGCUAUGGGUCCAUGGAAGACUCCCUCCAGUCAUGUCUCUCUCUUAUACCACAACCACCAAAGAAAGACUUCAUCAAGAUGUUGGAGAAUGACCACAAAGUUCUUAGAUUUGAAGCAGUUAUGGAUUCAGUGAAACCAGAAGACAGAGAUAGGCGAUUCAUCAUAUCAUACAGACUGGCAGAUGACAUGAUCACCAUAUAUGAGCCCCCAGUCAGGAACAGUGGAAUAAUUGGAGGCAAAUUCUUAGAAAGAACCAGAGUGGCAAAGCCAGGUUGUGAUACAGACCAACCCGUGUUUUAUGGACCCCAGGAUUUCUAUAUAGGGGCUGUCAUAGAAGUGUUUAAGCAUCGGUUCGUUAUUAUGAAUGCUGAUGCUUUUGUUCUACAAUACAUGCAAGACCAUGCAAACCAAUUCCCAGCCAAUACCAUACAAUCACUUGCAACUAAACUAGGCAACACAAUACCAAAUACAAAUGCACCAAGGAAAGGUGGUCCAAUGCACAUCCAAAGAAAGUCUGGAGAUUUGGUGAACCUUGUACGAGAGGUUAAAGGUCAACUGAAGAAGAUCAGCAUAACAGACAAAAACCGCGUCGAUGAGAUGUUCCUUCGUUACGAUACCAAUAGAUCUGGCUUCAUUGACCAGUUUAAGCUGGCAGAUAUGUGUGGAAGACUACACCUGCCUGUUGACCAGGAUGUCAUGGAAGCUAUUGUGAAACAAAUGACGAAUAAUCCAGAGGGAAAGAUUACACUGGAAGAGUUCAGACGAUUCUUUGAGAGUUCAUAGACUGAAAUAGAACACAGACAUUGUGGAUGUGAAAAAUAUAAUAGCUUAUCCUCUAAAGAUCAGCAUGGUGGUCAACUGGUCAAUGUAUGAGUGAAACUGGAUCAAUUUGGAAAGUGACAUGGAUAAGAGUAUUCAGCAAUGAUUUUCUAUAAAAUGAGACUUUUUCAAGUAUCUGAAGGUUCAUUUCCUCACUGGAAUAUUAUUCUGAAAAUGUGUGGCCACCAUACUCAUUUUUCAAAGGAUUUAAUAAAGAGAAAAAGCAGGAUUUUGAUAUCAAUAUGAAUAUCUUAAUUAUUAACCAAAUAGACUGUGAUACAAUGAUAAAACUUGGAUAAACAACUAAAUGACUUUCUUAUUCAUAUUUUACAGAUUUAUUUUUAUCAGAUCUGUUUAUAAAUUAGGCAAAUUACAUUUUUUUUUUCAAAUACAAUUUCAUGCAAUAAAACCAAUUUACUAGUAUACGGUUUCAGAGAUUAUCCCUGCUUAUUUAUGAAAACCUGUAUUAUUUCAUUACAUGUAAAAACUGUAAAAUAUGUACAUAAAAACUACAAAUAUUAUUUGAUGUGAAAAUAAAUUCACAAUUGUAAGUAUUGUCUCAAAAA